AUGGAUUUCGUCCUAUCCACCUAUUACAACGCGUUUGAUGUCGAUAACGACUAUGAUAUAGACUCAAGUUCUAUAGAGCAAAAAAUUGACGCCGUGACUAACGCCUUGGCCCACAGCCCAGAGGCCAUACUUAACCCAGAGGUGCUAGAAGAAUCGAUUGAUAUCAUCCAUGGAUUCAGCCAACUAGAAGACAAACCCAAGAAACUUGCAGCAUUCUUGGUUUCUUCAUCCUUCAAUAAUGCCUGCCACCAAUGUAUUCUCACUAUGGACCUGGGAGAUUUCAUAGACAUGGCUGAUAACCUCAAGAAUCAACUAGAAAGAUAUGGGUAUUUGAUGUUUGUAUUGCUCAGUUUUUUGGGCAAAGAGGAAAUUCAAGUAAGCACCAGACAGAAGCUGUCAUCGGUGAAAUGGAAAAACAACUGUACUCAGGUGGAAGACGCCUUGGAUGCUGUGGCUGCUUGUAUGAAGAUCGAUCUCUCCAAGUUGUUUGUUACCACGCCUGAGCGGACCCUGUACCUCGAUAUGUUCAUCAGACCCAUUUUUAGACUCAUGGAGUCUCCAGAUCGCAUGAAACUGUUGCCUAUAAAGACCCUAAUGUUUCGUAAUCUUGCGUUCGCUGUUACCAAACACGGAAUGGGUAUUAUCGUGCAAAACGCCGUCAUCCAGUCCUUGACCUACUACAUACACUUGCCACCAUAUAUGGCGGAACUCAUGCAUAUUCUCAGCAAGCAGUAUGACCAUAUAACGUUGACUGAAGACCUUCUUCGAGAGAUCAGUCAAUUGGAAUUUAAUGCCAACGAUACAAAUGGACCCAAGGCGGUUUCUGAGUUUCUCAUCAAGCUUUCAGAGCUCAGCCCGCGUCUUAUCUUGAAGCAGAUGUCUUCCACAUCCCAGCUCUUGGAUAACAGUAAUCAAUCAUUGAGAUGUUCGGUGGUUGAAACUUGUGGAAACAUCGUGGUCGACAUUUUGAAAUCUGAGUCCGAAGAUCCGGAUGGCGAAGACGAGCACUCUGCAAACCGAACGCUGCAAGUUGAUGGACUCUUGAAUUUGCUUGAAGAGAGAUUUCUGGAUCAGAAUCCGUUUGUCCGGACAAAAGCAAUCCAGGCAAUGGUGAAGAUAUGUUCCUUACCAGUUCGCAUACCCAAACGUCGUCAAUCUGUGAUGCUAUAUGCUGUUAGAUCAUUGGCGGACAGAAGUACCUUGGUUAGAAGGAACGCUAUCAAGUUGAUGUACAAGUUGUUAUUAACGCAUCCUUUUUCUGCAGCUCAUGGAACGCAAUUAGAGUAUAAAGUGUGGAAGAAGCGGUUGGACGAUGCUGAAGCAGAUCUCAAUAAGUACUUGCCUAAGGUGGUCCAUAAGAUGGACCAUAAGGGGAUUCAAGGCAACGAAAAAGGGUCAGAAGAGCUUAAUACUAUCGAAGAAACUGAUAAGAUGGAUGUUGAAGAGGUAAAAGAAGACAAUACUGGCUCCGAUGACUCUGAUUCGGAAAUAGACCACGACGAAUUGAACGAAUCUAUGAUGGAACAAGAAAGACAGCUCCCAGAGACGGAGGUCCUUGUUAGAGCCAAACUCACGGUCCAAUAUUACGAAGAUGCCAUUGAGUUCAUCGAAGCUGUCCAACAGGGAACCAAGGUAACAUCCACUCUCCUUUUCUCAAAGAAUAGAAAUGAAGUAUUGGAAUCGAUGGAUUUUUUGGUGCUUGCAGAUGCAUAUGGUAUCGAAAAUGCCAGUGAAGGUAUCCGUAAAAUGCUUCACUUAGUGUGGAUGAAAGGUUCUUCCGAUGAGGGUAAGUCAAUUUCUUCUCACCUCAUUGACUGUUAUAAGGACCUCUUCUUGACUGCGCCCAAGAAUGCGUCUGCAAAUCAGACAGCAGUCUUGUUUGCGAAGAACUUGAUUGGCUUGACUGUAUCAGCUUCAGUGGCGGACCUUGCAUCUCUUGAGAAACUCUUGUGUUUGAUGUAUCAAGCUCGAUACAUUCACACCGAGGUUGUCAAGGUAUUAUGGCUGAUUUACAAUAAGGCUGGGUCUGAGGAUUCAGACUAUCCCAAAAACUAUAUUCACGGAGCAAUCAUCAUUCUUGGAAUGUUAUCUCUGGCUGAGAACAGCAUUGUUCAAAUGGGUGUUGAAUCGUUGUUAAAUGUCGGUCUCGGAGAUGUUGGAAAAGAGGACUUGGAGCUCUGUAAAUACUCUUGCUCGACUUUAGCAAAGAUCUCUACUGCAGAUCUGAAGUCGGCUACAACUUUUAAGUUUCCCACCGAUGACCCAGCUAUAAAGGGUUUGCAGGAUGCAUUAUUGUUGUUCACUGAUAAACCAGAAUGGUAUGGGGUUGCCGAGCAAGCUGUUUCAGCAAUUUUUAUGGUUUCUGCUGAUCCCGAAGAAGUUUGCUCGCAAGUUAUCAAAGACAAGGUGAAACAAGUCUUCGGAGGAGAUCUUUCACAAGAUUCCCAGGUGGUGGCUCUUUCUCAAUUAUUAUUCGUUGUUGGACAUGUAGCUAUCAAGACCAUUGAACAUCUUGAGAAGCUUGAAGCACUUUUUAAGAAGCGAAAACACGAAAAUGAGGCCAAGAAGUCCAAAGCAAAAGAAGACGGAGAUGAAAACGAAUUAGAGAUGAUUGGAGGAACCUCUGAGGAUGAUUUCACUGAUGCUGUCAUAUAUAUCAAAGAGCGGGAGCUUCUUUUCGGAGAGAAGUCACUUCUCGCUCGCUUUGGUCCCUUGGCUAAAGAGAUCUGUUCAGACACCAAAGCAUACUCUAACGAAAUUCUUCAACGGUCUGCCACCCUUUGCCUAGGUAAGUUGAUGUGUGUUUCGUCGAAGUUCUGUGAAGACAACUUACCUCUUUUGAUCACCAUUAUGGAGAAAUCACCAGAUCCAGUUAUCCGAAGCAACUGCGUUCUUGGACUAGGUGAUAUGGCAGUGUGCUUUAACAAUCUUGUGGAUGAAAACACUGAUUUCCUUUACCGUCGACUUACUGAUGACAACAUCAUGGUUCAAAGGACUUGUUUAAUGACAGUUACGUUCUUAAUUUUGGCUGGUCAGGUGAAGGUUAAGGGCCAGCUCUCCUCCAUGGCCAAGUGUUUGGAGAAUCCAGACCAAAGUAUCAGCGAUAUGUGCAGAUUGUUCUUCACUGAAUUGGCUACUAAGGACAAUGCCAUCUACAAUGGAUUCAUCGACAUUUUUAGUGGAUUGUCUCAUGAUAAGACGCUCUCGAAGGAGUCGAUGAAAAGGAUUAUCAAGUUCUUGGUUGGAUUUAUUGAGAAAGAGAAACACCAGAAGCAGCUUGCUGAUAAAUUAUUGGUUCGUUUGAUGAAGUGCCAGACGGAAUCACAAUGGGAGGACGUGGCUUAUGUAUUGAGCACUAUACCUUAUAAGAAUGAUAGCAUCAGCCAGGCUUUAGAGGGUGGUUACAAGAUGGUACUGGCCAGAGAUUAA